AGGGUCUCGAGUUUGCGUCGAGGAAGGUCACCGAGAGAUUGCGUGCAGUUUUGUGCCGAAGAAGGAUCGUAGCAUUAAUCAGUUUGGAUUUCAUUCACUCUUCGUGAUUCUUCACUCACCGCAGUGGGCAAUCCCAAGGGAAGUUUCUGGAACUGUCCGUGAAUCAUAUUAAGAGCAGGAAGAGCAGGAAGUCGUCAAGUUUGCUGGAGCUAUGGCAAAGCAUCACCCCGAUUUGAUUAUGUGCAGGAAGCAGCCGGGGAUUGCUAUCGGCAGGUUGUGUGAGAAAUGCGACGGGAAGUGCGUGAUUUGCGACUCGUACGUGAGGCCGUGCACGCUUGUGAGAACUUGUGACGAGUGUAACUAUGGCUCGUAUCAAGGGCGGUGCGUCAUUUGUGGAGGCCUUGGGAUUUCAGACGCCUAUUAUUGCAAGGAGUGUACUCAGCAGGAGAAGGACCGGGAUGGUUGUCCUAAGAUUGUGAACCUCGGAAGUGCGAAAACCGAUUUGUUCUAUGAACGGAAGAAAUACGGUUUCAAAAAAAGAUAGUCCCUACGCUUUCACGAACUCUCUUCUUCGGAAUGGAUUUGUUUGUGGCGGAAGAACAGAGCAGGUAUCUUGAAUGGCCGUGUGAGGUAUUACGUCUAGAGUUGAGAUUACCGUCAGUUUCAAUCGACCAAGAUAGGAAAGGAGGUCUCAAAUUACAGUGGCAGAUAAUUAGGUCUUUUUUAGCGUUGAAGUUUUGUGUCUAGGGAUCAUAGGUGCAGUUCGGUGCGUGUACUGUUAACGUUCGAGAGUACUUUAGCUAACCUCAACGUUAGGGUUAUUGCCUUGGUUACGCCGUUGAUGUAAGUAAUGACAACUAGGCAAAUAGCGUCUCGUAUCUUACCUUUAUCAGGCAACUGACGAAGGAUGUCUUGGUAUUACCUGGGGAUUCGAUAAACGUGGAUUUAAUUAUCAGAACUCUGUUUGUUUCUUUA